CAUCUGAGAACCAAAAUGCCCGUGCAUCUGCUGCAAGAGAAGAUCUCCAGCUCCUACACCACCACCACCAGCACCACAGCGCCUCCCUCUGGGGGCCUGCAGAAUGGAGGAGAAAAGUUGGAAAAAACCAUUGAUGACUUGGGAGAAGACAUCCGCCCUGAAAUGAAAGAAGACAUCCAUGACCCCAGCUACCAGGAUGAGGAGGGCCCCCCGCCCAAGCUUGAGUAUGUCUGGAGAAACAUCAUCCUUAUGGGUCUGCUGCACGUGGGAGCCCUGUAUGGGCUCACACUGGUUCCCACCUGCAAGUUCUACACCUGGCUCUGGGUGUAUUUAUACUCCAUACUCAGUGGCCUGGGCAUCACAGCAGGGGCUCAUCGCCUGUGGAGCCACCGGACUUACAAAGCCCGGCUGCCCCUGCGGGUCUUCCUCAUCAUCGCCGACACCAUGGCACUCCAGAACGAUGUAUAUGAAUGGGCCAGAGACCACCGUGCUCACCACAAGUUCUCAGAAACACACGCUGAUCCUCACAAUUCCUAUCAUGGCUUUUUCUUUUCUCACGUGGGUUGGCUGCUGGUGCGCAAACACCCAGCUGUCAAAGAGAAAGGUGGUUUGCUGGACAUGUCUGACCUCAAAGCUGAGAAACUGGUGAUGUUCCAGAGGAAGUACUACAAACCUGCUUCUCUGUUGAUGUGCUUCAUCCUGCCAACACUGGUGCCUUGGUAUUGUUGGGGUGAAACUUUUCAACACAGUUUGUAUGUUGGUGCUUUCCUGCGAAAUACUGUAGUGCUCAAUAUCACCUGGCUGGUGAACAGUGUCUCACACACCUGUGGAUAUCGCCCCUAUGACAAGAACAUUAACCCUGGAGAGAAUGCUCUGAUUUCACUGUUAACUUUGGGCGAGGGAUUCCACAACUACCACCACUCCUUCCCUCAGGACUACUCUGCCAGUGAGUACCGCUGGAGCCUCAACUUCACCACAUUCUUCAUCGACUGCAUGGCUGCCAUUGGUCUGGCUUAUGACCGGAAGAAAGUGUCCAAGGCUGCCAUCUUGGCCAGGAUUAAAAGAACUGGAGAUGGAAGCUACAAGAGUGGCUGA